AUGCCCAUCGUCAGACCUAGGGCACCUGAAUACCCCAGACCAGUCUCGCCAAUUUCUGCCGACGGAAUCCCCAUAUGCAAAGACACAGUCGUAUUUUACGAUCAAGAUGGCGAUAUCGAAGAGAACGAAGAGCAGAGAGCGGCGAAGCGACGACGGAUCGAGGCGCACGCCACAGGUUACCUGCGUGGACAGCCUGUGUUCAUUCUCACGGCUGGACUGAGGGGUCCAUUUGGUGAUGGAUGGCAGAAUCCUUGGGCCAAACAGAAGAUUGCCAAUAUUAAAGAAAUUACAACGAGUCAACAGAGCUCUGAGCAUUUUACCGAGCCUACCCACAUGACGGAUCGGGCUUCACCAAUACCGGCAAAGAGGCAGGAGGUGCAGGUGGCUGAAGAAGCAGAUAUAUACCUCACAGGGCAAAAGAAGGACCGCUUUGCGGAUCACCAAGAUUCGAUGCUGAGCAGUACACGAAAGCCAAGAACCCGAGAGAUUUCUGUCUCCGGCGAUGGCCCCACGUCCAGGGAUCCCAAGAUCGAAAACUGGUUGAAGACGAAUGAGGCAUACAAGACAGCGGGUGACACUCCAGAACCUUCGCCGCCAUCACCGAGCGAAAGAAAGAUGAAACCAGGGGACACUUCUCGGCUUUUUAUGGGUCCCGGCGCUCUGUCUGGUGCUGCCGGCUUCAGCUCCAGCUCCGGUAACCUCCCUCGUCCCCGUAUAUCGCCUUCGAAACCGGCCGAACAACUCUUAACAAGCUUUUCGUCUCCUCUGAAGUCGCGAACUGGGCCGUCUGACGGAAAAGCAACACAUCCCUCCGGUUCCCUUUCGAAGCAGAGGCUACCUCAAACGCCCCUCCGGCAGCGUGACAGCAAUGCACAACCAGCUUGGACAGACAAAUCUAGAGCGGAGUAUGCAAUCUUGCGGUCAAAGCGUACGAUAGAUCAGCCUGCCACGGCUGUGACGGAUUCUGACUCUGUUCAUGCUGGUCGAGCCGAAGCGCAGGGACUAUGUCAACCCAUACCCCGAGUUUCGCCACCUAAGGUUCGCGAGGAGGGUUCUAUGACAGGCGUGGCUGACGUCCACCUCGCCUCUAGCGAUGCUUCGGCUUCUCUGAAGACAGCACAAGAAGGGCCUCUGUCAAGCCAUGAAGAGGUCGGACCCCCGUCCCUGGAGAAGGAGGCAUCCGGGUCAUGUAUAACAGCCGAACUUCCGUCAGCUCAGCUGCCCGAAGCCCCCAUUCUACCAUCGCUACCUUCGAAUUUCUCGAGUCACGAUCAAAUGCUUCGUGAGAGCCUCCGUCAUGGUGGGCCAGCGUCCGGUUUGGGGGAUAAUCAUGACAACCCGACCGAUCUAGUGUGCCCCCCAGACGAUGCUGUGCAUCCUGAUGCACAUGAUGCUGCGACACUUGACCUGCCACAGUCCGACCCACAAGUCGGGUUUAAAGACGCCACCUUUCAAAUCCCCCAGGAGAAUACCAAACGCAAUGCGAAUUCGCUGCUGGUAUCAGACGCUCCAACAGCCGCUGCGAAGACCUUGAAAGUGGUAUCCGGCGCCGCCUGGGAAGUAGCUUCUUCUGUCGGCGUGAAGAAGACAGGUGCAUUGAGAAGCAGGAAGCGACAGGUCUUUGUAAUUGAAGAGAAGCCGUCACAAUCUAUCAAGUCAGCUCUGAAAGUUGCCAAAGCUACUCCUCCGAGUCACGAAGACACAAGCAUUCGCAAAAUAGCACUUGAGUACACUGGGGAUCUGCAAGUGGACAAGAGCGAAGGUCACCAAUCGCUUCCGCAGGAUGACACGUCCGCAAGGACGAACCGUGCAUCGGAGUCACGGAGCGCUCUCAGAGCUUCCCUGCAACACUCCACAGGAGUAUCUGCCUCGAACAAUGUUAGCUCAGCAUCGACGAAGCAAAAUGCACAAAAACAACGAAUGCUCAAUCUGAUUGAGAACGACGACUUUGACUUGGAUGGCGCGAUCGAUGACCUGGGAUCAUUCUUAGACACAUGGGACGCAGAGAAGCACGAAGCGGGAGUUUCAUAG